AAUAAAAGAAGUAAGUUCAAACGCUAGACGCAAAAAAAUGGCGAGCCACGGAUGCGUUGACUGGCAGUUCAGUGGCAGCGAUGCGGCCGAAGAAGCUGCAGCGGCCUCGCUAGGCACUUACUCCUCUGAGCUCUUUGCUCUGUGCGAUCCAAACGGAAAGCCCAUUUUGCCCCCACGAAGCGAGUCCCCCGAGACUAGCCAUACCGCUGAAAAGGCCGUUGUUAAAGCCGUCAUCUGCGGCACGGGAAACGCCUACGCUCCUAGCAUCGGCCUUCCCGUCGCCAGACGAGCUGUGGCUGAAUAUCUAAACCGAGAUCUUGAUAAUAAGCUGACGGGAGAUGAUGUGUUUAUGACGGUUGGAUGCAAACAAGCGAUUGAGCUUGUGGUCGAUAUCUUGGCUAAACCGAACGCCAACAUCUUGCUUCCGAAACCGGGUUUCCCUGCUGACUAUGUCCGCUCUAUAUUCAAGAACCUUGAGGUCCGAAGAUAUGAAUUCAUCCCCGAGAAUGACUUUGAAAUCGAUCUCGACAGCGUCAGAGAAAUGGCUGACGAGAACACGUUUGCGAUCUUUAUAAUCAAUCCCCACAAUCCCAAUGGGAACUACUACACUGAGGCUCAUCUCGAUCAGCUCGCUAGGUUGGCUCGGGAACUCGGGAUAAUGGUUGUUUCAGACGAAGUAUAUAGAUGGACCGUGUUUGGGAGUAAUCCCUUUGUUCCAAUGGGGAAAUUCUCCUCAAUCGUACCCGUAAUUACACUCGGGUCUAUAUCGAAAGGAUGGAGUGUCCCAGGAUGGCGAACCGGCUGGCUCGCACUGCAUGAUCUAGACGGUGUUUUCAGAUCUACCAAGGUCUUAAAAGCUGCUAAGGAAUUUCUGGAGAUCAAUUCUAAACCUCCAACUGUUAUCCAGGCAGCUAUUCCCACCAUCUUGGAGAAAACACCUAAAGAGUUCUUCGAUAGGAGGCAGAGUUUUCUGAAACAUCAAGUGGAUUUUGCAUAUUCUAAGCUCAAUGAGAUACCUACCCUCACCUGCUACAUGAAACCUGAAGCCUGCACCUUCUUAUGGACCGAACUGGACCCAUUGGAAUUUUUGAACAUUGAAGACGAUCAAGACUUCUGCAAUAAGCUUGCUAAGGAAGAAAACCUCGUCCUUUUACCCGGGAUUGCAUUUGGUCAGAAGAACUGGUUGAGGCAUUCUAUCGACAUGGAGACUCCAAUUUUGGAGGAUGCAUUUGAAAGAUUGAAGAGUUUCUGUGAACGUCAUGCCAUUAUAGGUGAAGCUUCACUUAAAAACGUCAAUGGCGUCAACUAAAGGGUUCCGACUAUAUAAAAGCCGAAAUAUCAUAAAUAUGCUAUAAUAAUAAAUGGGGUUUUUUGUUUUUAUAAAAUAAAUCACGAGCGUGUCAAUUAAAAAAAAAAAAAUUCAUGAGCACCUUAAUUUGGAGCUUCUGACAAAUAAUAUUAUGUACUAGUAAUCAUCACUCAUGUAAUGUUUUCUCGUCGUUGUGGUUAAUUAUCUUUCGAUGAUGUACUUCUAUUUAAU